AUGGUGAUCUCCCACCUCUACGACGUCUUCCCCGCGGAGUUCGGCGCAAAGGUGGCGAAGGAGGAGUGCAUCGUGAAGAACCUGCGCGAGCACCUGUCCUACUACUGCCAGCAGGAGUGGCCGAUGAAGGAUGACAAGGAGGUGAGAGAUGCUACGGAAGCUAUCGUAAAUUAUGAGAUGCAGCUGGCCCUGCGGCUGGUCUACGAUGUAAACGAGGAGCUUCAGCGGCUUCUCGUGCAGCAGGGGAUGCUCGGCGUGUGCUGCACCGUGCUACUGCCGACGCCAGUGCAGCAGCAGGCCAUGCGGAGCGCCAUCGGCGAAGAAAGGACCGCAGACACCUCCGAGACGCUGUUCAUGCAAGAAGCCAAGAUGCUGGCUGGAGGAGUUGCCAGCAGGCUCCUUUCGCUUCCAGAGUCCUACAAGUACCUCCAGGACCGGCGGGCCCGCGCGCAUUCCGUGGGCAUGUUUUCGCAGCUGCAUCACUGGAGCGAGGCCGUCUUCGAGCAGCAGGGCAGCGUGGCAGAGCUAUCCACCGUCACCUUGCUGGAGAGAUGCAGCGCGCUCUACAUGGCCAUGGUCUCCUGCCACACUUUAGACUGGUGCCUCGACAACCUCGGAUUGGGUCUCAUGGACGUCUUCUUGCCCAUCAUGCUACGGAUGUGGGCGCUGCAUCCAAACCCUGUGCUCAAGCACCAUGCGAUGCGCGUCUUCGGCAACUUCUGCCAGGUGCACUGCUUGUUUUCCUCUGUGCUUCAAUCUGAGAAGCGUGCAGAGUUGGCGAGCCAAGCCAUCCAUCGCACCUUCGGCAUUUGGGAUGUGCGGGAGCUCCGGCACCUGCUGCGGCUGAUGGUGGCAGUACUUUGCCACGUGCUUUGCAUCCCCACGACGAACGUGCACUUUGGCGCGCUGGUGGCGCGGAUGCUGGCGAGGAAGCUGGACUGCCCAAAGCUGGCAGAGACACUGCGCAAUGGAGCUGCGCCGCGCGCGAGCUCCCACGCCUCAAAGUACAUGUUCCGGUCUUCUUUUAUCACUCAGAUCUUGGCUUGGUGCGAAAAGCCUGGCGACCACUACGCAAGGGCCUGGGGCCUUUGGCUGGUGCUGACCAUGCUCUCCCACGAAGCCAGCGAGGAGAAGCUGAAGGCCCAGGCAGAUACGCUGGACCCGGAUGCUGUUCUGGUGAUGGAGGAAGUUUCUCUGGAGGAGGUGCAGGUGGCCCGACGGAACCGCCUGAUCGAUGAGCAGGAGGCAGCCUCUGGCAAGACUUCCCAACAAAUCCAAGACCAGAGAAGCAAGCAGCCUGAGUGCAAGACCCGGAUUCACUGGCUCCGUGGCUCUAUCGCUUUGAUCAGAGGCAUUGCCUUAUCAGCUGGGAAGUGUAUCUCGUUCCAGUGGAAGGACUCGCAGCAGCUCGGAUGUGUGGCAUCGGCGUGGUGCCUGGUGGAGCUGCCGCAGUUUGUGCAAACGGCUGUGGAGAGCAUCGACAGCCGGGUUGUGUCCAAGUGCCUGACGCUCCCAGAAAAGUCCCUGCAGCUAGCGGCGCUGCUGCUGGUGUCGGUGGUCUCCUCCCUGCGGCUCACGCUGAACGCGAGGAACAUCGCCGGCGAGUUCUUGCGUCGAUUCCACCACAUGCAGCAGGUCCUCAUUGAAAGCCUGGCUGGUGGCGGCGAAGGGCCCUAUGAUAUGAUCGCCAGGUGGCUUCAUGAGCCUCCGCUGGGACUGCCCAACGAGAACGAGUUCCGGUGCCUGGUGUCCUUCAUGAUAGGACAGUGCAUUUGCCCGCCCCUGGCCGCAACGCCGUCCCUCGACCUGGAGACGUCCUUGGCGGCGCCUGGCAAGUCCCUGGUGUCGAUGGGAACGCGCACGCUUCCUCCCGUGGACCCGAAGGCGCGAUCUGGCGAGCAGAAGAUGCAGGAGCCAGAGCUGGGGGCGCCUCCAGUGGCAGAGUGCGGCGUGCCGCCAGCAGCGCUGCUGGACAAGAUUGCAGAGGAAGUGCUGAAGGAGGACCAACGUCUGGAACACGGACCAAAGAAAGAGGGGCCUCUUUUCAGCACCAUGCUCUGCCACUUGCUCUACGCCUUGGCGGUCAUGGUGCCCGCUCACCCGAAGGAUGCGGCUCAGUCCUCGACGGUUCGGGGGGCGGCCUUUGCGCAGUUGAUCAAGGUGCAGCAAAUCGCCGCCCACGGGGUCCAGCCCAAGGCCCUGUACGAUCCGGCGGAUGGCGACCGUGCAAAGUUGUUCCUGUACGUACGAGCCACUGCCUGCGUGCGCUCUGCCUUGCAGACCAUCAUGGCCAGUUGGUUCGCGGCGGACUUUGGUGCUCGCUUCGUCAUCUCGGAAGAAGGUGGUAAGGACUUCAUGCAGUACUGCUGCAAGCACAUCAACCAGGCCUACAACCAUAAGACAGCUUUGACGCGAGUGCUCGGGUCACCAUGGGAGCGGGUCAUGCUAUCUCAAGGUCCUACGGCCACCAUUGCAGAGCUGCUGGUGGUGGUUUGUUCAUCCGAUGCAAACCUCGUAGAGGUCAGCAAGCUUGGAGGAGAGCAAGCCCUUCAUAGUCUUAGCAGGUUCGGCGAUUCAGCCCAAAUUCGGCAGCAGGCUACCAUGCUUUUGACAAAGCUGGCAGUGGUGCUGAGAAAGUAA